AUGGCGUCCCCUCCCAAGGUGGAGGAUCAAGGACGCCUGUUGGAAGAGGCUCUGGGCAUGGUCAGACAGCAAGCAAGUCAAAUGCGAAGAUGUCUGGAGACACCUGGGAAACUCAUGGACGCUUUGAAAUGCGGGUCAACACUGGUCUCGGAGCUUCGAACACCUACUUUAGGCCCAAAACAAUACUACGAACUCUACAUGGCAGUAUUUGACGCCUUGAGACACCUUUCUGACUAUCUUCGAGAGUCCCAUCCCGUGAACCACCUCGCCGACCUCUACGAGCUCGUACAGUACGCAGGCAACAUAAUUCCCAGGUUAUACCUCAUGAUUACCGUCGGCACAGUCUACAUGGGUGUAGAAGAUGCGCCAGUCAAAGAGAUCAUGAAAGACAUGAUGGAGAUGAGCAGGGGAGUUCAACAUCCUAUACGUGGUCUGUUUCUGCGUUACUAUCUGAUGGGCCAAGCACGAGACCAUCUGCCCGUUGCGAAAGAGGAGGGUCCACAGGGCACCUUGCAAGAUUCCAUAAACUUCAUACUUACCAACUUUGUCGAGAUGAACAAACUGUGGGUACGUUGGCAGCAUCAGGGUCAUUCGAGAGAACGAGAGCAACGAACACAAGAGAGAAGAGAGCUUGAGCUGCUGGUGGGAAGCAACCUCGUGCGGCUAAGCCAAUUGGUAGAUCUGGACACAUACAAGUCGGUCAUCAUAAAUCCUCUCUUGGAACAGGUCGUCCAGUGUCGAGACGUGCUGGCUCAAGAAUAUCUACUGGAAGUCAUUACCAAGGUCUUUCCCGAUGAAUACCAUCUACACACUCUCGACCAGAUGCUGUCAGCGAUUGCUAGACUCAACCCGCAUGUCGACAUGAAGAAAAUCGUCAUUGGUCUUAUGGAUCGGCUUUCGACCUACGCACAAAGAGAGAACGAGGGCCAGCAGGCAGACAAUAAAGAAGCCAAGGAUGCGAAGCAGAAAUCAGAGGAAGAGGCUACUGUGCGACUACUAGAGAAGCUCAAGCUGGAGAAGGACCAACCGAAAGAGGAACCGAAACAAGCGAAUGGGGAGAGUGCUGAUGGUGACGUGCCAGCUUCGGAGCCAGAAUCAUCUCAAUUUACCGCACAAGAGAAUGGUGGUACUCCUAAUGGGGUUGGAGGUGUCAAACUCUUCGAGAUCUUCUAUGACCAGGUCGCGAAUUUGGUCAAGACCAGAGCACUACCUAUCGGGGACACUAUGGCCCUCCUAACAUCUCUCACCAACCUUGCUCUGAACAUAUAUCCAGAUCAGCUUGAGUAUGUUGAUCGAGUACUUUCAUACGCAACUGAGAAGGCACGAGAAUACACCGAUUCACCUGACCUGCACUCCGCCCCGACACAAUCCAACAUCCUCAAUCUCCUAUUGUCACCUAUACGGAGCUACUUCUCUCUUUUCACAGCGUUGGCUCUUCCAAGCUAUCUUCCACUCUACACGGCACAGUCCUACGCCACGAGAAGAGCUGUGGCAGCUGAUGUUGCAAAGAGCAUUUUGCGCAAUCGAACUAAAAUUACUACUCUACAGCACUUGGAGGGCAUCAUGACAAUCCUGAAGGUUAUCAUUAAAGAGGGCAUCAACCAACCGACAGGCUAUCCUGGGAUUGCAGGUCGACAGCGUGGCGACUCGGACGAGGUUGUAGAGGAGCAAGGGUGGCUUGCAAGGAUAGUGCAUUACAUUCAAGCGGAGGAUAAUGAUACUCAGCUAAAGCUUCUACAACAGACCAGAAGGGCAUACGAGGCUGGUAAUGAACGUAUAAGAUACACGACGCCUUCCAUCAUCACACAAUCUCUCAAGCUAGCAAGAGCGCUAAAGAAGCGAGAACACUUUGACGACAACUGGCAGACACAAUCCUCAGGACUGUAUCGUUUCAUGCAUCAAACCCUAUCUCAAUUAUAUACACGGGUCAACCCAUCUGCAGCUGAGCUGUGCUUACGGCAGUUCGUGGAUUGUGGCAAGAUUGCAGAUCAGUGCGGGUUCGAAGAGUUCGCAUAUGAAUUCUUUGCACAAGCCUUCACAGUCUACGAGGACAGUGUAUCCGAUUCAAGAGCACAAUUUCAAGCCGUAUGCAUAAUAGCUGGCGCCCUUCAACAAUCGAGGAAUUUUGGCAAGGAGAACUAUGACACGCUAAUCACAAAGGCCGCAUUGCACGGAAGCAAGUUGCUGAAAAAGCCUGACCAAUGUCGCGCCGUUUAUCUGGCCAGUCAUCUUUGGUGGGCCAUAGAAGUACCCGCAAGAGGUGAAGAGGAUGCUAAGGAUCUCUACCGUGACGGCAAACGAGUGCUCGAGUGUCUACAACGUGCUUUGCGUGUCGCAGAUGCCUGUAUGGAUACUGCCGUGUCGGUUGAGCUAUUUGUUGAGAUAUUGAAUCGAUAUGUAUAUUAUUUUGACCAGCAAAACGAAACUGUCACAACAAAAUACCUUAACGGCCUAAUCGAGCUCAUACAUAGCAACCUGAGCACAUCAGCCGCCGAAGCAGGCGCAAACAAUGCACAGCAAAACCAAAGUCUUGAGAACCCCAAAAAGCACUUCUACAGAACGUUAGAGUACAUUAAGAGCAGGGAGUUUGAGGGUGUUGUCACAGAGGCCAGGUCUUGA